ACCUCACUUUCGAAAUGUCAUCACGUGUAGAUUUAGGCUUUGCAGAAAAAUCUCAAUUAAAAGAGUUACAAUCUCAUUUCUUUCCAAGUAAAAUCGGUGGAAAGCCAGCUUGGUUAUCGUUAGAAAACGUUCCAAACUUAGAAUGUAAAUCCUGCAAUCAACCCACAUCGUUUUUAUGCCAAGUUUAUGCCCCUUUUGAAGAAGACGAAAAGAAUUUCCACCGAACCGUAUUUAUUUUCGUAUGUAUGAAUUGUUCUUUAAAUACUCCUGAUACAAUAAAAGUCUUUAGAAGCAACAUUCCUAGGAAAAAUGAUUUUUAUUCCGAUGAACCACCAAAUGAAAAUGAUGAUACAGAUUUUUCUGUAUCGAAAUGGGUGAAAUUGUGUGAAUUAUGUGGAGGAAAGGCUAAUAAAUGUUGUAGUAAAUGUAAAAAAGUGAUGUAUUGUUGUAAAGAACACCAAGUUAUGGAUUGGAAAGAAAAUCAUAAAGAACUUUGUGGAAAAGGCGAAAUGGUUGAAAAGAAAAAAUCAAGACAUUUAUUUGAUGAGUAUAAAAUAGUUAUUGAAGAAGAAGAAAUUGAUUUAAAACCAGAAAUUGACGAAAAUAAGGAAGUAGAAAAAUUAAAAGAAUUAGAAUUGCAAGGUUUAAGCUUACAAGAUAUAUCAGAAGAAGAAAUUGAAGCCCAUUCAUCUUUAAUUACCGAUAAAACAUUUCAAAAAUUUCAAAAACACAUCAAGAAUUAUCCCGAUCAAAUUUUAAGAUAUGAAAGAGGUGGUGAACCACUUUGGAUAGCUGAAGAACCCAUUCCUGAGUCAAUUCCUAAUUGUGAUAAUUGUGGAGAACCUCGACAAUUUGAAUUUCAAAUAAUGCCACAAAUUCUAAAUUUAUUAUCUAAAGAUUGCGUUCUUGAUUGGGGUAUAUUGGCCGUUUACACAUGUGUGAAAAGUUGUGAUAUAGGAAAUAAGUAUGUUUGUGAAUUUAUUUUUAAACAAGAUGUUUGCAAAUAAUAAAAUGAUACUGUGUAAUUAUUAAUUACAAAGUGUUUGAA